CGUGAAUGUAGGAGACAGUAUUAGGGUUGCGUGAAAGCUGGUGAGACCAGUCGGAGCCUGAAACCUUGAUACCUCCAGGGCUAGUAAAUCCAACACAAUACGAUUACUGAAUCCAAGGCUUCAUGGAUGGACAUAUGAAGAUUCUCAGCGGAGGGCUAUCUACUGAGCUGGAGGCAGCUGGCCUGCUGAUACAGGGAGACCCACUAUGGAGUGCUAGGCUUCUACAAACCAAUCCUCAAGCCAUAAAGGAUGUACACAAAAGUUUUCUCAAGAGUGGGGCUGAUGUACUAAGUACAGCGACCUAUCAAGCCAGCAUUGAAGGGUUUCAGAAACAUCUUGGGCUGGAUGUAGAAGCAGCAGCAGAACUGUUUCACGUGGGUGUCAAUCUAGCCAAAGAGGCUGCUGAAGAGAUUGUCCGUCCAGGAAAGGAAAAAAUCUUGAUAGCUGGAUCCAUAGGCCCAUAUGGAGCGUUUCUGCAUGAUGGCUCUGAGUAUACUGGUGGCUAUGUCACGGACAUGACUAUUGAGGAGCUCAAAAACUGGCACCGGACACAAAUGCAGUGCUUGGCCUCUGCUGGGAUUGAUUUAUUUGCCCUUGAGACAAUCCCAAGUCAAAAGGAAGCUGAAGCCCUUGUAUCGCUUCUAAGAGAGUUUCCAAACUCGAAGGCAUGGCUGUCGUACUCGUGUCAGAAUGCUUCCUUAACCAGUUAUGGGGACAACUUUGAAGAAGCAGUGAAAAUUGCUGUAGGAACAGAACAGUUGGUGGCUGUCGGGGUGAACUGUUGCUCUCCGGAUUUUGUGGCUCCACUUCUAGCAUCUGCAAACAAAAUCCAGGGGCUGGAAAUUGGAUGGAUUGUUUACCCCAACAGUGGAGAGAAAUGGAAUCAUAACUCAGGAUGGCAAAACCACAAUGAAAGAAAGCCUCUCUCUGCCGAUGCCCUAGAAUGGGUUCAACUAGGUGCUAAAUGGAUCGGAGGCUGCUGUCGGACCACUCCUUCUGACAUUGCAAGUUUACAACAAGUUCUGCGGCCGGCUACCUAAUCUUGCAUUCAUUUUCUUGAUGGAGGCGGAAAAAGUAUUAAACUUUUUUUUUCUAUUUCCUGUUAACGCAGCAUAUACUUUUGAAGUGUAAAGCUAGCAUUUGUUGAAAACGUUGUUUAGAAAAAUAAUACCAAACUCAGUUUUUACGAUUA